CUCUGCCCCUUUCCCCCUCAUCCAUUAUCUCAGCACCGGAGAGCUGCAUCGUUUCCCACAGCACUAUGAUCUUGCUGUGUCUCCUCACCGUGCAAGCUCUGCAGUUUGGUGAAACCGUUGAACUCUCUGCUGGGUCUUGUGCCUUUGAAGACAGCACUUGUGGCUAUGUGUCAGAUUUCACGUCUCUGCCCUGGAUUUUGAAUGAAGAAGGUCAUUACAUUUCCAUGGACACCUCACAGGGAACAAAUGGUGACACAGCUAUAUUGCUCAGUCCUGAUCUGCAUUCUGAAGAGUGGAGCUGUAUCCGACUUAUAUAUCAGAUUGCGACACCUUCUGAGCUGCCUGUAGAUCCGACCACCUUAAAUCUGCAUCUAAGAGUAGAAGGUGAAAACUUUGAUCAUUUGCUUUGGACCACCACGGAGCCUUCAGAAAGUUGGCUCAUAGCUAGUCUUGAUGUCAGAAACAGUACAAACAAAUACAAGAUCGUGCUAGAAGGUGUACUGGGAAGAGAUAUUUCUGCCAGCAUAGCAAUUUUUGAAAUUAAAAUAACUACAGGCUACUGUAUAGAAUGCAGCUUUGAAGAAAACCAUCUCUGUGGUUUUAUGAACCGCUGGAAUCCCAAUGUGAACUGGUUUGUUGGUGGAGGUAACAUUGGAAAUUCACAGUCCAUCCUUCCAAGAGAUCACACUCUUAAUGAUGAAUUUGGUCACUACAUGUAUGUAGACUCUCUCUACGUAAAGCAUUUUCAGGAAGUGGCUCAGCUGGUCUCUCCUAGAACAACAACUCCUAUGUCAGGUUGCUUAUCCUUUUAUUAUGAAAUACAGCAAGAAAGUGGCAUUGUUUUCACAGUGUACAUGAGAGAUAUAACAGGCUUUUAUGAAGAGCUUUGGAAAGCAGACAGUACUGUGAAUACAGAAUGGGUUUUAGCAGAAGUUGAUUUCAAUGCACCAUACCCAAUGGAGGUUAUAUUUGAAGUUGCUUUUAAUAGUGCCAAAGGAGGAUACAUUGCUCUUGAUGAUGUUUCUUUCUCUCCAGUCUUUUGUAGCAAUCAGACAGAAAUUUCCUUUGGUCCCACAGAAGCAAGCUGCAGUUUUGAGGAGGAUUUGUGCAAUUUUUAUCAGGAUAACAAGGACGGCCCUGGCUGGAGCAGAGUAAAAGUUAAGCCUAAUGCAUUCAGGCCAGGAGACCAUACUACUGGAAUGGGUUACUACUUGCUGGCAAAUACAAAGUUUACAUCACAGCCUGGGUAUAUUGGCCGUUUAUACAGCCCCACCCUUCCAGGAAAUUUGCAGUAUUGUCUGCGGUUUUAUUAUGCCUUAUAUGGCUUUUUCAAAAUGAGAGACAGUCUGGCUGUUUAUAUCUUUGAAGAGAACCAUGUGGUUCAAGAAAAAAUCUGGUCUGUCUUGGAAACUCCCAAAGGAGUUUGGACUCAAGCUGAAAUCACCUUCAAAAAGCCUAUGCCUUGCAAGGUUGUGUUUGUGAGCUGGUGUAAAAGUUUCUGGGACUGUGGACUGGUGGCGUUGGAUGAUGUAUCAGUAGGAUUGGGAGAUUGUCACAGUACUGACUUAUUACCUACUUUUCCUAGAGAAUGUACUUUUGAAAGAAAUGAGUGUGCAUUUACUCAGCAAAAGAAAAACAAGAGUGCUUGGCACAGACGAAGAGGUCAGACUCCUACAUCUUACACUGGCCCAAAAGGAGACCACACUACUGGGGUAGGGCACUACAUGUACAUUGAGGCAUCUAACAUGGUCUACGGACAGAAAGCACAGUUUAUAUCGAGAGUUCUACGAGGCACCUCUAGGCAUCAGUGUCUUAUAUUUUUUUAUCACAUGCAUGGAGCUGGGACUGGAAUAUUAAAUGUUUACCUGAAGAAGCAUGGUGAAAAGGAUGAGACCCUCCUGUGGAGAAGGCGAGGUGAACAAAGCAUCACAUGGCUAAGAGGCCUCAUAGAAUAUACAUGUGACAAAUAUCAUCAGAUUAUAUUUGAGGCAAUUCGCGGUGUGUCAAUAAAAAGUGACAUUGCUAUCGAUGACAUCACGUUUCAGACAGGACCUUGUAAAGAAAUGGGAGAAACAACAAUACAAUCUUCUGGAUACUCUGCUGAUUUUAAUGAAAUUGAAUAUUGAGCUCUGCAGAAGUGGAUGAAACACCACAUGCCUCAGUACAGUAGAAACUGCACAGUUCCUUCCUUCAUCAAGUAUCAAAGAAAUAAAUACUGGACUGUUUUGUUUAGCAACCAAAAACAUGAGAAGAAUUUGGCAAGGACUCAAUAUUGGACUUUCCAGUAAAGUUACUGACUCAGGGCUCAUUUUCUUUUUUGUUGUAUUUUAUUUUGCAUGAGACAUUGGUUAUGAUAAAGAACUAUUAAUUUUGCACGAGUGUGUAAUAAUGGACAUAGCUGCUUUGGGAGGUAAAUAUUUUUGGGUACAUAAUAACAAAGCAAAAUGGACACAAUUUGUCAUUGUGUUAACUAAAUCUGCAUUCAGUGAAUGUCUUGUUUUGGCAAUUAAUAGAUUUAGUUUAUAAGAAUUAUAAGGAUUUAUAAGAAAAUAGCAUUGAAUACUUGUGAUAACUAGAACUGUCAACAGACAGUGGAGUGGUCGGGGGAAUAUCCUACCCCUUUAAUAGAGGCCUACUGUGUAGAAAUGAACAGUUGAAACUUUUUAUGGCAUGGAGGUAAAUAAUAUCUCAGCAUGCCGCUAUUAAGGGGACAGGACACUUUUUCUUCAGGUUGUUGGCAGGCUGAAUGCUAUUGUUUCCGUUGUUGAUAGACUUCUUUGGCAAUAAAGAAUAUCUUAACACAAUAAA